UCUGUGAGUAUCUGUGAGUUGAAGAGACCAAGCCCAGGGCCAAGCUGCAUGUCAACAAGGGGAGGCGCCGGGAUUGUGUUCCACGAGCCUGUCAGCAUCACCAGGCAGCACGACGCGUACGGAACAAGUCUACAGGUCCUGUCAAGACGAGAGGUCAAUGGCCAGGCGCCUGCAGUUGACCUUGGCGCUGCUGAAGCCUGACGUGACCCGUGUGCCCUACGUGGUGAAGGCAAUAAGGAAGGCAGUAAUUGAUGAAGAUUUCCUUGUUGUGCGGCACAAACAAGUUCAGUUAUGUCGGCAGGAUACAGAGGAAUUUUAUAAAGAACACAAAGGGAAGUUUUUCUACAACAGACUUGUAACCUUUAUGGCAAGUGGACCCACUCAGGCACUAAUCCUUGCCCAUGAGGACGCCAUUAGUCGGUGGCGCACCUUGAUGGGGCCCACCAAGGUGUACAAGACUAAGUAUGAGGCCCCCAACACCCUCAGAGGGCUCUAUGGCCUCUCGGACACCCGCAACUCACUUCAUGGCUCAGAUGGAGAAGAGAAUGCAGCAAAAGAAAUCAAGUUUUUCUUUCCUGAAUUUCCAUUUCAAGACUGGUACAAGCUUGAGGAAGAGAGGUUUAGAAGAAGACAAAUAUGUUUAGAUGAAAAAGAAUUUGUCCAUAGAUUAUUAUGACUAAAGCAGAUAUUAUUUAAUCGAAGAUUGGGCUUGGGUAACCAAGACUGAUCUUUUCGCAAAAAGCACAAUAUGUAAAGGCAGUAUUAUUACUUGUGUUCAUGUACAAGUUCCUUUUCUGUUUUGGGAAGCCCAUGACUAUUUGUUCAGGUAAGGAAAUGGAAAAAAAUGUCAGCGUAGUGUGUGGUUGCUUACCUUGGUUGUAGCAGAUGAAAGCGAAAUUGUUUGUGGAGUGACUUAAGGAAGAGUGUGAACCAUAGAGUGAAUUUAAGUAUAAAGUUUAUUCACAAGACAGGACUACAAUUUAAGGCCUACAGUAAGUCAUAAGUCUAAUAUAAUUUUUGGCACAUAUGUUUGGCUUAUCAUUUUCUGGUUAUUCAACUCAGAAAUUUCUUCCAAAUUGCUAUUUGAUAUUUUUCAAGUGACAAAAUUGGUCCAUAUCUACGAAAAUACUUAUUAGGAGUAUUUUGAAAUGCUCUCUAUUGCUAAUUAAAGUAUUAAGACAAAAUAUGCAGUGGGGACUAUGCAGCUGCAGUGAACAUAAUUAUAACUGCAGUAAACUUCAUUGUAGUGUGAUGUUUGUUAAUAAUGGGUUAAGGGUAACCAGGAAACAAGUCUCUGUAAAUACAUCAAUUUAUCCAAAUAAAAGUCAGACUUUAAUAUUGCAACCCAUUAUUGACAAAGAGUUCGAGAGUCGCUGU